UCUCAGUUCCUCUCAUAUAACCCGUAGGUUUCUCUCUCUCAUACUCCCUCAUUCUCUCACUCAUUUUUAUCACUGUCGACCAAUGCUUCCCAAUCCCUCCUCAACGUCUUUUUUCAGCAUGUCUAUCAGCGUGCAUUUUUUUGUGCUCUGCAACAGAUCGCCCGGUUCCUCUUUACCCCUGAAAAUAUUUCAUAUAAUGAAUGUUUCGACAAUCAUUCCCCUCUGCAGUGUCAACCUGUCGAUCAGCAAUAAUAUCAUCGUACACCCUCACGACGAACAGCGAAUGUCCAGUCAACAGCCCUCUUUUAAACCUCCAAACUUCUAAACAUGCCUACUUUUGCUUAUACAUGAGCACAGAUAUUAGACAUACAGGGCUUCAUCAAUGCCGACGGAAAUGCGUCUGCAGCGUCAGCUGGAACACAACAAGAAGCUGCGUGAGCAAUACGAGCGCGAUCGCAUCUCCGUCUCCCAGGCCAGCAUUCUACUGAUCCAAUUCUGCCAGGCAAGGCGGGACAUGUUCAUCCCUACUGUCUGGGGCGAGGUCGACAAGAAGGAUGAUCCCUUUGAGGUCCAGCCCACCGGUUGUGGCUGCAGCAUCAUGUAGUCCUGAUCCUCACCCACCAACUAGCCAUAAGCGAGAGAGCACUUGUCGAAUUCUGUAUACCCCCACCCAUGACACCCCAACAGGAGAAGAAAAAAUAUGCUCUGUUGAUCAGAGCGUUUACAUCCCCCAUACGACCAUCGAUAACAGAGACACAGCAAGAUCAAGCGUUGGCAGCUUUGACAACCCUUAUUGCAACAUUUACGAUCUUUCUUUCCUUUCCUCCUUUCUACCUUCAUUUCUUUCCAGUCGAGGUUUAGUGUGCUUCCGACUGUAAAUCUUCUCCUAUCCUUUCUACACUCGCUACCGUUACUCUUAUCCUAAUCGUACAUAGUACUUUGAUAAAUAAAAGUCCCUUGAAAUAAUGAAGCC